GUUUCAACAAACACCAUCGUUCAUGCGCGACCACUAAUCGUUCGAUAACUCCGCUAAGGGCAAAAUGCUAGUUUUUCGAUUCCCGCAAGUGGGAUUUCCGUAAGGAGGUUGGAUAACUGGAGCCUCUCAGGAGUUCGCGGGACUCAUGUAUACCAGGAUGCACUCCCUGCUCUGAUCUCUCUUAUCCACACCCCGUCGAUCCCACAAAUCUGAACAAGCAGGGAAGCGUGAUCUAGCUGCAAGGUUACAAUCUACGACGAUGGGCAACUCUGGCAUAGGUCAAGUAGUGUCCUGGUACAUCUGUACCGUUGCUGUCGUGCCAUUCGUCUGCCUUCGCAUUUACACGCGAUGGACAAAGUUUGGGGGUUUGGCCAUCGAAGAUGGCCUUAUCGUGCUGGCUCUGUUGUGUCUCAUCGGUGAUUUGGGCAUCCAACAGCAUAUGUGGAAUCUAGGUCUCGGCGACAUGGCGAGUGUGACUCCGGAAAACCUCAAAAGCAUCAUGCAGAUGAUCGUGCCCGGGUCUGUUCUAUACGUCACAUCUCUGUGGGCCGUCAAGUUUGCACUUGUGCUGUUCUACAAGCGUCUUGCUGCGCCGGGCUCGAAGUUGAUCGCUGUAUACAACGUCGCCCUUGCUGGCCUAGCCGUUACGUUUCUCGUCAUCUUCUUCGACAUCCUCUUCCAAUGCUACCCAUACGAUAAGAGGUGGUCCGCAGACCCAGAUUAUCAAUGCAACCCAAAAGCUGCUGAAGCCAACUACUGGAUGACCAUUUUGUUCAAUAUCAUCAGCGAUGCUAUUAUCAUAUCUCUUCCGAUCACUAUGGUCAUGAGGUUGCAGAUGAAGUUGAAGCAGAAGCUUGGUGUUGCCGCAGUAUUCGCACUUGGCGUCUUCGUGAUUAUCUCAAGCAUCAUCCGUGCAUACUAUUCCCACCUCAACGAAACAAUGUUGACCUGCACUGUCUCCAUGGUCGAAACCGCCAUAGCCAUUAUCGCGUCAUGCCUCCCAGCUUUGCGAUCCAUGUUUAUUGGCGGCAACACACAGAACGCAACAAGCAGCUACGGCAAGCACUACGAACUCACAUCGGAACGACACAAGACGAACGAUACGCGAACGAACGGGCAUUCUGCGAGUGCGAUGUCACCAAGGAGGCCAAGACAUACACCACACGAUUCAGAAGACUCCCUCGUCACCGGCAGCUUGCCAGACGAGUCCGGCUCGCCAAGCCUGUCGAAUGAAAAGGGCCACAUACACGUCGAGACUACGAUCGCCACGCAUUACGUUGAAGAUGGUGAGAGUGCAAAAUCCGCGGUCUAGUUUAGGAUGCACAUAAAUGCCUUAAAAUCUCUCGUUAGCACUGCCAUUAAUGAC